GGUCGCGGCGGGCUGGGUGAGGUGCGGGCUUUGUCGGCGGGUUUGCGGAGCCCGCGCCCGCGGGGUCCAGUCAACGGCUGCGGGGUCGGGCUGGCGCCGUCCUCUCCCCGCCUGCGCCGGGUGAGUGGCGCGUUCCGGGCGGGGGCGGGCAACGCCUUAGCUGCAGCCCCGGCUGGCUCCGGAGCCCGGCGGCCUUGCCGGGACAGAGUCCGCCGGGAGGGCCGGGCGGGGUCCGCAGGCCGCGGCCCGCCCCGCAGGGCGUCCAGGAGCGGGGCCUUGGCUAGCCCGUGUCCCGGACGCAGCCGCGGCCGCCCCCGCGAGGCUGCAGCGUCUUUCCAGCCAGCCCACCUCGGACCCGAGCCUGGGGUCUUCUCCCUGAGGAGCGCCGUAUUCUAAUGUAGGAACUGGUGAGAAGAAGGUGGUUGAAGCUGGAUUUCUGAGGAUGAAAACUCACAUAGGAUAAUGUCAGAUAAACUCACAGUGAUGGAGCUCCCUUCUCCCGAGUCUGAGGAAGUCCAUGAGCCCAGAUUAGGGGAGCUUUUGGGAAAUCCAGAAGGACAGAGCCUGGGGAGUUCCCCCUGUCAGGACAGGGGCUGCAAGCAGGUGACAGUGACCCAUUGGAAGAUCCAAACAGGAGAGACAGCUCAAGUGUGUGCCAAGUCAGGAAGAAACCCUAUUCUGAACUCAGACCUUCUUCUGCUUCAGAGAGAGCUCAUAGAGGGGGAUGCCAAUCCUUGCGAUAUCUGUGGCAAAACCUUCACGUUUAAUUCCGACCUAGUUAGGCAUCGGAUUUCGCAUGCUGGGGAGAAACCUUACAGGUGCGAUCAGUGUGGGAAAGGCUUUGGCCAGAGCUCACACCUUAUGGAGCAUCAGAGAAUUCACACUGGAGAGAGACUCUACGUCUGUAACGUGUGUGGGAAAGACUUCAUUCACUAUGCAGGUCUCAUUGAGCAUCAGCGCGUUCAUUCAGGAGACAAGCCCUUCAAAUGUGCACAGUGUGGGAAGGCGUUUGGUCACAGUUCAGACCUGAUUAGGCACCAGAGAGUUCACACCAGAGAGAGACCUUUCGAAUGCAAAGAGUGUGGAAAAGGCUUCAGUCAGAGCUCCUUACUUAUUCGUCAUCAGAGGAUUCACACGGGAGAAAGGCCCUAUGAGUGCAAUGAAUGUGGGAAAUCCUUCAUAAGGAGCUCGAGCCUCAUUCGCCACUAUCAGAUCCACACAGAAGUGAAACAGUAUGAAUGCAAAGAAUGUGGGAAGGCAUUCCGUCAUCGCUCAGACCUUAUCGAGCACCAGAGGAUCCACACCGGAGAGAGACCGUUUGAAUGCAAUGAGUGCGGGAAAGCCUUUAUUCGGAGCUCGAAGCUCAUUCAGCAUCAGAGGAUCCAUACUGGGGAGAGGCCUUACGUGUGCAACGAGUGUGGGAAGCGCUUCAGCCAGACGUCAAACUUCACCCAGCAUCAGAGAAUUCACACUGGAGAGAAACUCUAUGAAUGUAACGAGUGUGGGAAAGCUUUCUUUCUGAGUUCAUACCUUAUUCGACACCAGAAGAUCCACACUGGAGAGAGAGUGUAUGAAUGUAAGGAAUGCGGGAAAGCGUUUCUCCAGAAAGCCCAUCUCACUGAGCACCAGAAGAUCCACUCUGGGGACAGGCCCUUCGAAUGUAAAGACUGUGGGAAAGCCUUCAUCCAGAGCUCCAAGCUGCUUCUGCACCAGAUCAUUCACACUGGAGAAAAGCCCUAUGCCUGCAGUUAUUGUGGGAAAGGCUUUAUUCAGAGGUCAAACUUCCUUCAGCACCAGAAGAUUCAUACUGAAGAGAAGCUCUAUGAAUGUAGUCAGUAUGGGAGAGAUUUUAACUCAACUACAAACUUUAAAAAUAAUCAAAGUGUUCACCAAGAGGGGCUCUCCUUGAGUAAGGCCCCCAUACAUUUGGGCGAGAGGUCUGUCGAUCAGGGGCAACACAUAGAUAACUUAUAAAAUAAUUAUUCUCCCGCCCAAUGAGUGAUGUUUGGAAAUGCGUGGAAUUAGGAUUCAUGUGGUUUCUAAGAUUUGGACAUGUCAGAAUUUUGUGAAUCAUGGAUGGAGCUGCCUUUGGAGUGGAUGCCACCUGCCACUGUGCAGCACUAGCAGGCUCACCCUUCUCCUCAGCUGUGAGCACUGUUCUCGGGAGAGUCACAGGGCUUGACACCUGACUCUGAGCUGGAACAGUAGGGGCAGGGAGGAGACAGGUCUCAAGAAAAGGUUUUUUUAAAAUUUUAUCCACAGUUACAGUCCAUCCUUGAGUUAAAUCCCUUUUAGAGCAGAACUGUGUAUCUAAUCUUAUUACUUAGGAGAAUGUUACCUAGGAAAUUUUGAUCUAUUAAGUUGAAGAAAGAUAACUUGUAUACAAACCCCCGAGCCAUUUCCCUGUUGUCUGGAGGAGGAACUCCAGGUCCCCCAUCCUGGGCCCUAAGGCCUCCUGUGUCCUGGAGCCUCGCCUCCCACUGCCUGACUUCCUGCCACACAGUUAAUGCUGCAGCAACACCAACUGCUUCAUCUUCCCUGUGCUCCACGUGGCUACCUACCUCUCUCGCCUUUGUUCUUGUUAAAGGGUCUCCUCAGCUAAUUAACUCCGAAUCAUGGUUCAAGACAUGCCUCAGGCAUCAUGUCAAGGGAUGUUUCCCUCAGGCUUAGUUCUGUGGCUCAGUGAUUACUGCUAUUACUGUAUUUACUUGCAUAUGUCAGAAUGACUUGGUAGACUAUCUCUGCUGUUAUACUCUGAGUUCCUACGGACAGUGAUCAUAUCUGAUUGAUUUCCAUGUGUCCACUGUCUCUCACAAGGCAAUAAAAAAUACACCCCUAAAUCUAUGUGU